AAUCUCCCACUGAUACACGUUGCAUGCAUUUUAUUAAGAAAGUUUUUUGGUUUAGCGGCAGAUAAUUAUAAAGCAACACGUUUAGUCUGAUUGCUCAUGAAACUUUUUUUUUUUUUUUAAAUUGAUGUUUCACAUGAAACACCUUUCCCCUUCCACAGCCAGUAAUGAGUCACCGGGACAAAAAUCCAGUCUUGCCAGAAAGUGCGCGCUACUUUUGGGCGCACCGCCUCUUCAGUGACAGAAGGCAGGACCGUCGGCUGCUGUUCACAUCGCUCGUUGUCAACGGAUCAUCUGUAGCAGAGACAGACAUGUUCAGCGGCACCUCUGAUCAGCACCCUUCAGGCUAUGACCUGGGCCCCAAACCGGGGGACAAGCCCUUGCAAGGAGGCGAUGGGGGUCAUGGACAAGAUGGCUGCCGUGGGGGAGACAACAAAGAUCAUGGGGUCAAGGGAAAGGGCAUGUCCGACAUAGAUCUGGAUCUUGCUCUUGACCAGGACAAAGAUCGUGACCGACAUGACCGGGGAUGUGACCAAGAUUGUGACCGCAACCAAGACAGACAUGAUGACCGCGACCGGAACCGACACGAUGACCGGGACCGUGGUCGUGACCGGGACCAUGACAAGGACAGACACAGUCCUGGGAGAUGCAGCGGUGAAAGGAAGCGAAGCGGCAGCCGCGAAAGGAAGCGAAGCGGCAGCGGCGACCGCAAGCACGGUCAUGGCCACGGCCAUGGACACGGUCGUGGUCGUGGCCGUGGACGUGGUGGACACUGUUAGAGGAGUAAAAACAGGCUGAUCGCGCUCCGACCAAAGAAGAAAUCAGGAAAUAUUAAAUCUGUCAGUAUGUUUUACAUUUAACUUGUUGUAACUGAUUAUUCAGGUAUUUUGUAUUCCAGCAGCCUUUAUGAAAUGUAAAGAAAAUGCUUCCUGCUUUCUGGUUUUAUGAAAUAAACUGAAACGUCUUUGUUUAUAUCCAGAUAUAAAGUUUUUGUUGUUAACAUGGUGCCGGUAAUUAAACUUGAAUUAAUAGCAGAUGUUAAUCAGACACUUCAGGAUUUUAAAAAUAAAACAGGUUUUAUCCAGCCUCUUCAAUUAUUGAA